GUCCCGGCGGAUUUUCCAUUAUUUUUCAUAAUAAUUGUUAUAUAUUAUUUACAAUUACAAUUGUAAAUGUAAUAAAUCAGGAAGAAAGAAGAUAUAAAAUGAUAGUAACUAUAGAAGGGAUUCCUCUAAAGUUCACCAUAAACCGAUGUGUUGGCAUAAUAUCAAAGGUAAUAAAAGAGAAAUUCGAGGGACUAAAUUUUACGCCGAGCCCAAGGAAAGGAACAAAAGCGUUUCAUAUCAACAUCUUGGAUGACACAAAAGCUCAGGAGUGCGCUCAGAAACUUAACGGAAUCAAGAGGCAAGAUGUAGUGUUCACAGCCCACGUGUCUAACGCUCAACCGUAUAUGAACACAAAAAUGAAAAAAUUCAAACAGGGAAAGAAUAGGAAUAGACAUUUGAAAAUGCCACAAACUGUACUAGUGCCUAAAGAGAGGAUGUUUAAUCAUACUCGUAAUGAUCUUAUCUACGAGCUGCAAGACAAGCAUACGGCCCUCAUGGAAAUUAACAAAGCUGUUGGCAAUAAGUUGCUACAUGAAAUUGUUAAGGUUGUAGAAGGCCGUCUAAGACCUUUUUUAAAUGAAUCCGAAAACGGUUUUGUACUGAGCAGCAACUACAGGUUCAAAUAUCCUCACAACACCGACUUUGAUCUGAUCAAGAAUUGUCUGGCUAAGACGGGAAGCAACUUAGCACUUACCAAGGAAAUGUUGAAGUGUACCCCGCAACCUUAUGAGCCCAAGUUGGCUGACAGUAUGCCGCUUGGGACUGUUCAAGGAGCGAUAAGUAAAUACUCGUCUGCUAUACAUUUGGAGCUAGUGAAGUACGUGAACAGCCUUGAAGCAAACGUUCAAGGGCCGGGCAUCGACGCGGCCGCUCAGAACAAAGUGCGCGAACAGUUCAAGAAACUAGCGCCAUCUAUACCUUACAUUGUCGUGGAGAGUCUGACGAAACACAUUAUGUCGCCGUGCAACGUCACUCUGUUACGCAUAUACGGCGAACCCAGUUUACCCAAGUUACCCACGAUGCAACAAUUCAUAACUAAGCACCGCGGCACGAUGUUCCGUUCGCCGCAUCUCUACAACUGUAUACACGCACAAGUUCCCAACGCAGAGGUCCCAGCGCUGCUAGCUGCCGACAGCACCUGGCUCGAGGGCCGCAAUCUCGUGAUACGUAUCUUCUGCAAGGACAUAUACCGGAAGAUACUGAAGGACGUCACGUCAGCGUCCACCGGUAAGAACGUACAAGACGUGACGUUGGAGGAUGAAGACGCCUGGGAGAACUGGGACGAGGAGAUGUGAAUAAAUUGUGUUUAGCAUUUA